AUGAAAUGGAUUCCGGCUCUUACGAAGCGAACUAUGUUUACAUAUUUCAUAUUAUUAUUUCUAUUAUAUUUAUUUUAUGUUUUGAAUACUUGUUUAGUUGACGAAAGAAAGUAUUCCUUCAAAUAUUUCUCACUAAAGCGUCAUGUGUCGAAUUAUAAGAGCGUUAGUCGUCGGUUUGCUGCGUUACUGGGCUUUAGCUUCAACGGUCAUACAUACAUGAGGCUCCACAAACCAAACAUGGUUCCAACGAAGAGACUGCCGGAUGCCUUGAUUAUAGGGGUUAAGAAAUGUGGUACGAGGGCUCUGUUGGAGUUUUUAAGGUUGCAUCCGGAUGUAAGGGCAGCUGGAUCCGAAGUACAUUUCUUUGAUAAAUUUUAUCAUAAGGGCUUCGAGUGGUACAGGGACAAAAUGCCACCAACACUCGAGGGUCAGAUAACGAUGGAAAAAACUCCCUCAUAUUGGGUGACGAGAUCUGCACCUAGACGAGUCUACGCCAUGAAUCCAUCGGUUAAGUUACUGGUUGUGGUUCGGGAUCCAGUCACAAGAGCUAUAAGUGACUACACUCAAUCUGCGAGCAAAAGACCUAGUCUUCCGCGAUUCGAAGAUUUAGCAUUAGUCAAUAGCACAGUGAAUUGGGGAGGAGUGUGGUCGAUAGUGGACUCAUCGUGGCCUCCCGUGAGGCUUGGAAUCUAUACGCGGCCAUUACGACGUUGGUUGAGGCGGUUUCCUAGAUCCAGAAUAUUGUUCAUUAGCGGGGAGCGGCUGGUCGUAGACCCUGCUUUUGAAAUGGCAAGAGUCCAGGACUUCCUCGGCCUUAAGCUCGUGAUAACCGAAAAACACUUUUACUUCAACUCAACAAAGGGCUUCCCUUGUCUUCUCAAGUCGGAAAGUCGGCCCACGCCACAUUGCUUAGGCAAAACUAAAGGCAGAAAUCAUCCAUACAUUGAUCCGGUGGCUAUAGAAAGAUUGAGAGAAUUUUACAGACCAUAUAAUGAAAAAUUUUACGAACUCUCCGGCACGAAUUUCGAAUGGCCGUAACUGAUAUUUUUAGAACAAAAAUCUAUCAAAAGGUUUAGCACCAGAAAAGUAAGCUUGCGUCGGUGUUUAUUUCAGCAUGGUAUUGGGCAACAAAAUGUUUAAUAAUAAGCAGAUUUCUAGUGAACCACUUGUGUUUGAUUCGAUAGCAGCGCGGUAGGGAGCCUUUUGGCUUCGUGCGUUCAUUCUAAGUUUGAGGUUCUUUGAGUCCAUUGGAAACCCAUUAAAGAGCGGUUAUAU